AUGUCGGGAACGACAAUUGACGACGUCGUGAAGCGACUCAGCAGUCCGGAAACGGGUAGAGGCGGCGACUACCUUGCGCGACAGCUUAGACCACUACACGGCCGGUCCCAUAUACCCCCCUUCCUGAAGCGAUUGGUGCCGAUAUUCAUCGCCAUCCUCCGAGGACCAUGCAUCUUCCAGAGCAACUCCCCGGAGCAGAAACUACGAAACUGCAUCUUAGAGGUCCUGCAUCGACUGCCAACGACGCCGUCCCCGACCGAACCAUUCGAACCGUACGCCGAGGAGGUUGUCGACUUGCUGAUGCAGCUGGUCCGGACGGACAAUGAAGAGAACGCGACACUAUGCGUCAAAAUCAUUUCUGAUGUCAUGCGACAUCAACACAAGGUGCUGGGCAGCAAGGUCCAGGCCUUCCUCAGCCUGAUCCAGGAGCUCUUCGAGCAGAUGGAGAAGGUCGUGCGCGAGCAGCUGGACAACACAUCCAUUUCGACCGCAUCCAACUCUGGCGCCCCAUCAACGCCAGGCAGCUCCCAGACGAACUUCCAGUCGCCUCGUCCCGGUUCGCCCGUUGCCUCGGUCACAGAUCUCGGCCCGGAUCCACAGCAACAGAACAGGCUCCUGCUGAAGGGGAUGCAGUCCUUCAAGGUCCUGUCGGAGUGCCCCAUCAUCGUGGUCUCCGUCUUCCAGGUCUACCGGAACACAGUUGCUGCCAACGUCAAGGCCUUUGUUCCUCUGAUCAAGGGAUUCCUCUGCCUCCAGGCAAGCGCGCAGAAGCAGGCCCAUGCCGAUGCCAAGGCCAAAGGACAGAUCUUUACCGGAGUGAGCCCGUUGAUCAAGAAUCGUGCUGCCUUUGGGGAGUUCAUCACAGCUCAAGUCAAGACGAUGAGCUUCUUGGCCUACCUGCUGCGUCAGUACUCGCAACAGCUGACCGAUUUCCUGCCGACCCUUCCCGAGAUCGUGGUACGACUCUUGCAGGACUGCCCUAGAGAAAAGUCCAGCGCACGGAAGGAGUUGCUUGUGGCGAUAAGGCACAUUAUCAACUUCAACUUCCGCAAGAUCUUCUUGCCCAAGAUUGACGAGCUCUUGGACGAGAAGACAUUGAUUGGCGACGGACUGACCGUCUACGAGACGAUGAGGCCGUUGGCAUAUAGCAUGCUUGCCGAUCUGAUUCACCACGUUCGCGACAGUCUCACCCCGGAACAGAUCCGCAAGACAGUCGAGGUCUACACGAAAAACCUCCAAGACAAUUUCCCGGGCACGAGCUUCCAGACCAUGAGUGCGAAGCUGCUCCUGAAUAUGGCGGAAUGCAUCGCCAAGAUGCCCAACAAGGUCGACGCACGGCACUACCUCAUCAUGAUCCUCAACGCUAUCGGCGACAAGUUCGUGGCCAUGAACCGACAAUACCCUAAUGCAGUGAAGCUUUCGAGACUCUACGCCCAGCAAAUCGCUGACGGAACCCAGGACAGCUACCUUGCGGAUAAGGACCACCCCCUGACUGGGACGAGACAGAUAUUUUCACUGCUAUGCCCAUAA